AGAAAAAAUGGCCACAUCCCUCUUUAGCUCCUGAUCCGGCCGAGAAAGAGAAAGCUGAAUCAUGAGAAAAGCGUUGUCAAUAAUUUCCAUACUUAUCUUCAUAUUCUGUCUAAUAUGCUUAGUUAUCCUUUACAAACACAUGGAUAGAUUCUUCCAAGUCAGAUGCAAGCUCCUAAUAAUGUUCCUAAGCACUGUAUCAAUGUUUUUCAUCAUUCUCCAUUAUGCAGCUGGAUUGACUCGUGAAUAUGCUAUUGUCUUCGUAAUCAUCCAGGAGUUCUUCAAGAGCUCAUCCAUGCUCUAUGUUAUUUACUUCUACAUCAAGAAUGCUACUGAAUUUGUUGACGAGGAAAGAAGCAAAUAGGAUCAUUAACUACCUAAAAAUUAUCUUCAUGUCGUUUGUCUCCUUCUUUGGACUCUCAAUGCUUAUAUGGUGAUUCCUCUGGAUAGGUAACUUUAUUACAACCGAGCCAUGAAGAGACAUUGCCUGGAUUAUUUACAGAAUAAUCACUCUGGUUCUUAUAAUAGUCACUCUAUUCGUAGGGAUCAAAAUUCAGAAGAGGGUAAAAGCAAAGACAGUUGUGCUCUAUGGCCAUGAUAAAAGAAGAGCAAAAUCCAAAGAGCAGAAGAGGACUCUUCAUAAUGAUAUAACUAAUGGGAGUAUUGUCGAGGACACAGAUACGCAGUCGGAUCUCUCCAUAGGCAUUUGGAGUAAUUCUCAUCAGCAUGACUCUAUCAACAAAACCUUGAGAAAUAUGUGGAUUUGCUUUGUAUUUAUAAUAUUCAUUUGUCUUUUUGACGUUACUUAUAACCUUUACUGGAGAUUUACCCCUAACUUCAAAUAUUGAGACAGAUUUACGAAUAGCAAGAUGACAAAUGCCUUGAUUUUUCUCCUAAUCAGGUUAAUAUCACUCUAUUUAAUCUUUAUCCCAAUAAUAUUCACCUUUUUAGGGUGGAAUUUUGUAAGCUGGAUCAUAUGAUGGCCCUGUAAACGAAACACAAAGCGGAGAGUCCAUCCUGAUGACUCAGAGUACUAUUCAGACCUUUAACAUCCUCCUGGAGAUCAAAACUUAAAACUUUUCAUAACUAACUCAAAUUAU